AUGAGUCAAUCUUAAAAUCAAGGUAACACAAAUCCGAGUGCAAAUACAAGCACUUCAGGAGGUGCUCCUGCAAGCUCCUUCAGCUUUCCCUAAAAUCCUCAUUAUCAAUAAAAUCAAUCUAAGCCCCCAUAUAACUCAGGUCCAAGACCAUUUAGACCCAAGUAAAAUUACAACUAGCCUCGUCAUUAGCAAUAGCAGAGCAAUUAUCAGUAAUAGCCAAGUACUAAUCAGAGUCAUAAUCAUUAGUAGAAUUAAAAUUAUAGGCCAAGACAGCCAACUAGUAACUAUCAACCGGCUAAUCAGCAUUAAGCGUAUCAAUAACCUCCACCUCCUGGCUAAUACCCUCCCUACCCGGGAACAUACCCCCCUCCAUCAUAUCCAACUUAAAACUAUACUCCAAUGCCCUAAAACUAUCACAAUUAGCAGUAGCAAAGUCAUUAACCACGAAAUUUUAAUAAAAAUUAGUAAAAUUAGCAGUAAAAUUAUCACUCUAAUACUUAAUCAAAUCAUUACAAUCAGUAGCAUUAGUAAUAAUAGAAUAUAAGACCUCCGUAGAGAGAGCUUACUGAGGAAUAAAAGCAGGAAAGAAAAAGAUAAUAGCUGAGAGAGAAAAAACUGAAGCAUACUUUUGGCGGUAAUACCUUCGCUUAAAAUUUCCUAUUCUCUAAGAAAAAUAAUGAUGCACUAGUCUCUGCUGCUAAUUCUUAUGCUUAAUAGCUAAUUUCAGACCAGCAAAAAUAAAUCAUAGGUGAAGAAGUCAUGACUCAAUAACCGCCAAACUCUCAAGUAAUGAACGGAGCCCCAAGUUCAAUCCCACCAUAUACCUAGCCUUAGUCAAUUACCAAUAACAACUUUUAAGUAAACUUUUAUCAUCAGUAUCCUCAUGCUCCAUAUCCUUAUACAGGAGCUCCAGGAUAUUACCCUCCAUAUACUGCUCCGAGGUAUCCCUAUACACAUCAACCUUAUCCAGCUAAUGCUUAUGGCUAACCUCCAGCUAGUAAUCAAUAGACCUAGCCCUAAGCUUAAGGCCAUUAAAUACCAUAAUAUUCUAUAUAGAGUGAAGAAUAAAUUGCAGAGGAUAAAGCCUCAAAUGUCUAAAUUGAGAUCUCUGAUUCUUAGUAACAGGCUAUUUCAUAUUUUCAAGAUUCUUUCAAAUAGCUUUAGAGUGACUAUAAGCGAAAGCCCACCUAUCCUUAAUAGCAGCAACCUGUUUAUCCCCAUACCUAAUAGUAGAGAUAUAAUCCUCAUGGAUAUUAAGGGCAUUAGUAAAAUAAUCAAAAUAGAAGGCAUCAUAAUUAGAACUAUCACCACAAUCAAAAUAAUAACAACAAUAAUAAUUAAAACCUUCCUACAGGUAAUAAUCACAUUUAAUAAAAUCAAAAUACCUAGUAGAAUAAAAAGCCACUCGAUCCUGAGGAGGAAGAGGAUUUACAGAAAUGGAUCAACUAAAGAAGAAAAAACUUUCCAACAAGGGAAAGACUUGAUUAGAUUAAACUAGACCAGCAAAGAAGAGAAGAGUUAGGCAUACAGAGCCAAGAUGGCGGUGGAGUGUUUAGCAAUAGAACCAUAAUUGAGAAUAAAAGGGAGGAAAUGAGUAAGAUUGAGAUAAAACUAAGAAGAAAACUUACUUUAAUUAAUGGAUAGCUGAGUGAAAGAGGAGGACUUAAGUUCCUAAAGAAUCGAAGUUUAAAUUUAGGAAAUAACAAUCAUGAAAGGAACAAUAGAAAAAAGCAGAGAGGACCAUAAGAAAGAAAUAAAAACCCCGAAGGCGAUGAAGAAGUCAAAGAAAGUCUAGAUAAAAAUGAUUAGACUCCGUAAGAUCCAAAUAAUCCUGAAUCAGGCAAGAAAAGAGAAUUUAAGUAAAAUCUUAAGGAUAAGAAAAGAAAGAAGAAGUUAAGAAUUCAAUAGUAAUAAAAAGAUAGGCUAUAAGGUGGAUAAGCUCUGGAUGGUGCGGAAACUAUUGAAACAAAUGCAGAUAGAAAAGCUAAUUAUAAAAAACCUGAAGAGGAAGAAGAGAACGAAGCAGAGCUAAGGAAUAGACAAUAGAAGAUUUUCAAGUAUAGAAAGAAUGUACUAUAUGACGAGCUGCUACAAAAUGAAAAGCAUAAGGAAGCUAUGAUUUUACUCUAAUGCUUUAGAUAUUUUAUCAGAAAUAAUAUAGUCUGA